UCUUCAAUUCCAAGUUCACUCUUGUUGACAGCAUAGAGUUAGUAACAGUUUUUGGUUACUCUAUAAUUAUUACAUAAUGGAUAAUACCGGUUCAUGUAGCUCUCCUAAAGAAGGCCAACUUGUUGGUAUUGGGAACCCUUUGCUAGACAUUUCAGCUAUUGUUGAUGAAGAGUUGCUGAAAAAAUAUGACAUGCAUCCGGAUGAUGCUAUUAUGGCUGAGGAGAAACAUAUGCCUCUUUACAGGGAGCUGAUGGAGAAAUACAAAGCAGAAUUUAUCGCUGGUGGUAGUGUUCAGAAUUCAUUACGUGUUGCCCAGUGGAUACUGAAGAAGCCAAAGAUUUGCACCUACUUUGGCUGUGUUGGCGACGACGACUAUGCGAAGAUCCUUAAGGCAAGAGCUGUCGCGGAAGGCGUGAACGUUCUGUACCAGGUGACGUCAGCGGCCCCCACGGGCACGUGCGCGGUACUGGUGACGGGCACGCACCGGUCGCUGUGCGCCAACCUCGCGGCCGCGCAGAAGUUCACGGAGGACCAUCUCGCCAAGGAGGAGUGCCAGAGGAGCAUACAGGCGGCGGAGUUCUUCUACGCUUCGGGUUUCUUCGUGGCAGUGUCCCCGGAAUCGAUCAGGCAGUUGGCUACUCACGCUCAUACCAACGAUCACACGUUCAUUAUGAACCUGAGCGCGCCCUUCGUGUCGCAGUUCUUCAAGGAACCCCUGGAGAAACUACUGCCCUACGUGGAUGUACUCUUCGGGAAUGAAGCGGAAGCGGAGGCCUUCGCGAAAGCUUUCAACAUAGAAUCGACCGAUCUUAAAGAGAUCGCCGUUAAAAUAGCUGCCAUGCCGAAACUCAACGAGAGUAGGCGUCGAGUGGUCGUUAUAACGCAGGGUUGCGACCCUGUCAUAUUAGUGGAGAACGGGGAAAUAUCCCUUAUACCAGUCAGUGUGUUAGCUCGGGAGCAAAUUGUGGACACAAAUGGCGCUGGCGAUGCUUUUGCGGGCGGUUUCCUAGCCCAAAUGGUACUAGGGGCGCCUUACAAGACGUGCGUCAAGUGCGGAAUAUAUACUGCCACGCAUAUCAUUCAACAUUCGGGAUGCACUUUCAGUGGAGAAAGCAAUUUCGUAGACAGCUAAAGGCAAUCUCACUAUCUAGGAUGUAAUAAUGUGCUUCUUCGGAUUAUAGGCAAUGAGAAUGUACUGAGAUAUUGAUUACUCUUAGAAUGGUCUAAGAUCCGAGCCUACAUCGACCUUCACCGAGCUGAUAAUGAAAUUAAACAUAUUUUAUCAUGAAUUUAGUAUAUCAGAAAAUGUAUAUUAAAAAUGGGUUGCCUGAAAAAUCCUGGACAGCGUAUUUUUAAAUAUAUAUUUUUAUCUAAAGAAAAUAUAACUAGAAAAAAAUCCACGCG